UGGUUGUAUUAUCAGUCACUUGUGUGCUGCUUGGGGACUCCUGUAACCUGUGAAGCAGUUUUCUGUUCCAAUCUGGUAGUGCUACAUAAAGGCAAACUGGAAAAAUGGCUAGUGAGAAGGGACACAUAAUGAUUCCUAUGACCUCAUGUGAGACUUAUCCACAGCCUGGCAUGCAAACACCCUCUGCACCAGACUUCUGUGUACAAGAAGUAGAUUACCAGUAUCCUUCUCCCCCACCAUACUCCUAUCAAGAUGUCAACCCCACAGCCAACCCCACAGAAGCAGUAUACAUAGUGUCUCAGCCUCCAAUCGUUGUAGCAGGGAUCUUUAGAAGCAAGCCAGCAUCCACAAUGUGUCCAUCUUGUCGCCAAGCCAUUACUACACAGGUUGUCUAUAGACUGGGGAAACUAUCUUAUCUUCUGUGUUCCGGGAUGUGCGCCACUGGGUGCUGUUUAGGCUGUUGCCUCAUACCGCUUGUACUGAAGGCCUGCAAAGAUGUGGACCACUACUGCCCACGCUGCCAGUUUCAUAUCUUCAGAUACAAAAGGAUCUAAGAAACCUAUGCGACUGUUUAAAGCCAAGUCGCUGCUUUUGCUACCGAUGUCAACAAUUCACAGAUAAAUGCAUUUUUUGGAAAUAGGCUGAAGUGGCCCUCAACAAGUCCCGGCAGGCUGGCAUGUUGGGAGCUGUUAGGGCAUCUGAUAGCUUUGGAAAGCACCUUACAAAUAAUUCUCUGGCUUUUGCCUCAAGUUUGUGUUUUGACAAUUAGAUGCUUAUGCUUUAAAUUACAGGGGCUCAAAUCUUUUGGCCUAGUGGGCCUGACUGGCCAUUCCUGGUCCAUCCACAGGCCGGAUCCAGGUGGUGUUCCCAAUUCGGUGCCUAGUGGGCACCAUCUAGCCUUGUGGAGGUGGGCAGAGGGGGGCAGCU